AUGGUGACCAUACAGCCGAUCCUGCUGACUAUGGUUCUGACCCUGUCCUCUGUGGAGCAAUCAUCCUUCAGGAAUCAUAGUUCCCCCGCCACUGCUAAUGAGCUUCUAGGAAAGUGGAACAUAAUUCGCUGGGCAGGAAACAUUCCUAUCCCUGAAAAGAAGAAGGUCAGCCCACUGCCGCCCUUCACGCUUGUCAAGAACAUUAUUGGCAAGUUGGAGUUUAGGAUGAACAUCUUAAAACCUAUUGGGUGUAUUGAGUUCAAGACACAUCUGGAUGAAGUUAAAGGUCAUCCUGGUUACUUCAUAAUCUGGUCACGCUACACCAUCUUUAUCAAGUUUGUGGGUGGGAAAGACUUCGCUAUUGCUGCCCAUGCUGAAAGGAAAAGAGGCCUAAAUUACAUGAUGACAAUGCUCAUGGGUCGCAACAUGGCUCCAAAUCAACAAAUGCUGUUGGAUUUUGAAAAAGUUGUGCUAUUACUGGGCCUGAACACAACAGGCAUCAUCCACCCUAGAUGUGAUGCUUCUAGGGAAGUGGUACAUAAAUUGCUGGCAGGAAACAUGCCUGUUCCUGAGAAGAAGAAGGUCAGCCCACUGCCACCCUUCACAUUCAUCAGGAACAUUAUUGGCGAGUUGGAGUUCAGGAUGAACAUCUCUUGA